UCUUAAUGGUAACCUUGCUCAUAUCAAUAUCUCUUUGAGCAACUUGUUCCAAUGAUUCUAACCCUAUUGAUGCAGUUAUUCCUGAUCUAUCAAAUGAUAACUACAGACCAUACUUUGAAGCAUUCAGUUAUAAUGGAUUGUCAAGCUUGGAUGCGAAAGCAAUUCUACCCUGUAGCGACUAUUUCUGAUAUUUCAUGGUUUUUGAGUUUCAGUAUUCAGCAUCGAUUUAUGUUGCUGUUCGCAAAAUGGCUGUAAAUGGCACUGAAGAGUGGAUUAAGAUGGUAAAAGGAACAACACACCCUGAUGGAAGCUUGUAUGUAUCAACCACCAAUGAAUUGAUCCUCACUCUUGAUAAUGCUUCAAAUUGCCCUAUUCUAGUACUUGAUGGUUCUACAGGAGAGAUUAGUAGGCAAACUAAUAUAUCGGGUUUGAAAAAUUGCAGAGGAAUACAACUGAUGCCUGAUAGCACUCAGUUCUAUCUCUACACAGAAAUUGAUGGGAUAAGUGAUUUCCUACACUUGGUAGGAGUAAGUAAUCUAACAGUUAUUCAGAAUCUGCAAUUAUUUACAAUAACUGUUCCUUCUUUUUCUAUAUUAUCUUACGCUAAUAAUACUUCAGGCCAAAAUGAUACCUAUUUAUUCAUUAACUCUAUCACUACAAUAUCAAACAAUAGGUUCUCCUUCUGGAUGGCUGACUUGACAAAUGACAACAUUAAAUGGGCGAGAUCACUAAAUUGAACAUCUGCUUGUGUUUAUGGCUCUGAGAUAAGCCAUGUGGCUUCACUUUCUACAAAUAAAAUAGUGGAACUCAUUGUUGAGAAUAAUGAAGCUUUAAUAUUUACAAUAACUUUAUCUACUGGAGAAUUGGAAUCUCAGAUCGAAGCAUCCAAUCUUAUGCAGACUAACGUUAAAGCUUGAGGAAUGACCUAUAAUGAGAAUGAUAGCCUUCACUAUGCUCUUAUUUGCUAUGAUGAAGGCUUUGAAUUGUAUAUCUAUGAUUCGAAAAUUGGUUCGGUGAUUGCAGCGAGAAAGAUGACGGAUAGGAAAGCUCAAGGAAUUUUUUCUAAUGGACUCUUCACCUAUAUAAUUGGGACAAUUCUGAAUCCUAAUGAGAUCUAUGUUGGAAGAACACUUUACUACACUAUUGAACAGAUAAAUCCUGAGAUGGUAUUAUCAACCUCAACAACUCCAUCUGUUAAUUCUUCAUAUAGUUAUGUAUCGAGUACUACCAUAAUUUACUAUUAUGCUUCUUCAUUGACUGGAGUUGGAUCUGCAUCAUUGGUGUCUCUAGGCACCUAUACUCCAAAUGCUAGCAAUGUUUAUGGAGAUAUUCGUUUUGGCAACUUUAGUAAUAAUUUUGUUGCUUAUGUUCAAGCUGGAAUAAACAGUACAAUCGAAAUUUCAAAGCCAUGCUCUAUCUCAGGAAGCACCGACAUCACUGCGAGUGUGGUAUCUGAUUCUCCUCCAGCUUGGCUCUCAAUAGAUAGCACGGCCCUUGAUUCAUUAGUCGUAACAUGACCACCAUAUGAUGUUUCGAACACUUAUGAUGUUCAAAUAGACUUUUCUAUUGGAACUAGUUCCAUUUCAAGAUAUGGGACAAUCCAUGUUUAUCAGUGAGACAACCCUAAUUGCCAAAGUUGAGACUAUACUAACACUGCUGUCUGAAAUGACGCUCCUAAUAAUACAGAGAGCGAAAGUACACAAGCAGAAGCAGUUCAAACGACGACUGUAAUCACUUCUUCUGUGAUUGUUGGAUCCAUGGCAUUAUCAACUGUAAAUUCGCUACUAGCAGCUUCUAGUACUCAAAACUUUUGGAUGAUGUUUAAUCAAUACCAGUUGUUCUCAUUGCUACCAUUUCUGAAUGCUUUUUAUUCUGUAGAGUUCAAGGAUAUCCUAAAUGCUCUUGAUUUCCUCAGGUUCAAAUGGAGAACAACAGCAGUUGAAUCUGUCCAAGAAGUCCUUGAUAAAAUCUUCAAUUGAAAAUACUCUCAUCCUGACGAAAAUUUCAGAGAAAAUAGAGUUACAUCAGGAAGCUUCAUGAUAAAUCAGACUGAGCCUUUUAUGCUUCUCCUCUUACUCAUUAUAGUCGACAUUCUAAUUUGCUUACUUUUCUGAGGUUUGAAGAUACCAUUGAUCACAAAAUUACUCUCAAAGAUCAAAAACUUCUUCCAUUUUAAAGCUUACUUCGAAUUCUUUAAAGAAGUGUUCUUGUUCGUUACUUUCUUGUCACUUGAAGAGAUAGUUCGAUUCUUUUCAGCUCAAGAGAAGCCUGUAUCACUUGUGUUCGCAGCAUCCUGCUUUAUCGGAAUGAUGCUCUUUAUGGUCAUGGUGUUCAUCAAGAUUAAGAGAGGUGCUAAAUCUUCGGCUUUGAAGUUCCAAUAUGAUGACUUUGUGUUCUUGCUUCGAAGACUUCUCUGAAUCAUAAUUAUUCUAGUUCCAAUAGACCAAAGUAUAUACCUGAAACUAUCGAUUUAUUCUACAGUGCAACUAGGAGGACUGUUGUAUAUGGUCAUAGUCAGGCCUUUCAGAGAAGCUAAAAUGAAUCUAAUGAUGGCUAUCAAUGAUACCUUGUAA